UUCCAAUUUACUAUGUUUAUUACAAGCCUAUCCACUAAGAACUAACACAUCCUAAAAUUAGCCAAAGACGCCUCGUUUCCUUCCUCUCCAACACCACUGGCCAACAAUCCCCUAGCAAUUCCUAGCCUCAGAACCCACCGAACAAAUCAAACCCCAAAACCAAUUUGCAAUGGUCGAUCAUCCACCGUCUCCAUCUGUGCACGGAGGGAUUCAUUGUCCCUCCGGCCAAUUUCCCGGCCGGCCGGAACGGCGGAACCUCGCCCAUGAUCACUUGAAACACCUCCCUUGCUCUUCAUGGCCAUGGAGACGACGAGCCAAGAUUCGCAGGUGAUCAUGGGGCGGUACAAGCUCGGCCGGCUCCUCGGCCGUGGCACGUUCGCCAAGGUCUACAAGGCCUAUAAGUUGGCCACCGGCGAGGCCGUCGCCAUCAAGGUGUUCGACAAGGAGGCGGUGCAGCGGUCCGGCACGGUGGAGCAGGUGAAGCGCGAGGUGGACGUCAUGCGGCGUGUGCACCACCGCCACGUCAUCCGCCUCCACGAGGUGAUGGCUACGCGGUCCAGGAUCUACUUCGUCAUGGAGUACGCGAGCGGCGGCGAGCUCUUCACCCGCCUCUCCCGGAGCCCGCGGUUCCCGGAGCCCGUCGCGCGCCGCUACUUCCAGCAGCUGAUCACCGCCGUGGAGUUCUGCCACAGCCGCGGCGUGUACCACCGCGACCUCAAGCCCGAGAACCUCCUCCUCGACGCCCGCGGCGACCUCAAGGUCACCGACUUCGGCCUCAGCGCGCUAGACGGAGGCCUCCGCGGCGACGGCCUCUUGCACACCACGUGCGGCACGCCGGCGUACGUCGCUCCCGAGGUGCUCCUGAAGCGUGGCUACGACGGCGCCAAGGCGGACAUCUGGUCGUGCGGCGUGAUCCUUUUCGUGCUCCUCGCCGGCUACCUCCCCUUCAACGAAACCAACCUCGUGAUCCUGUACCGGAAUAUCACGGAGAGCAACUACAGGUGCCCGCCGUGGUUCUCCGUCGAGGCGCGCAAGCUCCUUGCCAGGCUGCUCGACCCGAACCCCAAGACCCGGAUCACCAUCUCCAAGAUCAUGGACAGGCCAUGGUUCCAGCAGGCGACGUGCCCGCUCGGCGACAUGUCCCUCGUCGCGAGCGCGCCCUCGGUGCUGCUUGCCAGAAAGGAAGCCAGCCAGCAGCACGACGACGAGGAGGACGAUGGGUUUGCACGGGAGAAGAAGAAGCGGUCCAAUGUGAUCAUGUCGUCGCCGGUGAUCGACGUGAGGCCCUCGAGCAUGAACGCCUUCGACAUCAUCUCGCGGUCGAGAGGGCUGGACCUGUCCAAGAUGUUCGACGCGGAGGAGCGCAGGUCGGAGGCGCGGUUCUCCACCAGGGAGACCACGACGGCGAUCGUCUCCAAGCUGGAGGAGAUCGCGGAGGCGGGGAGGUUCAGCUUCAAGCUGAAGGAGAAAGGGAGGGUCGAGCUGGAGGGGAGCCAGGACGGGCGGAAGGGCGCGCUGGCCAUCGAGGCGGAGAUCUUCAAGGUGGCGCCGGAGGUGCACGUGGUGGAGGUGAGGAAGACCGGCGGCGACUCACCGGAUUUCCGGGACUUCUACAAGCAGGAGCUUAAGCCGUCGCUUGGCGACAUGGUGUGGGCGUGGCAGGGAGGUGAUUCGCCGCCGCUCGUGCCGGCGGCGGGGAGGAGGCCGAUCACGAAGCGCUCUUGAUAUGCCGACUCGAUAUCGAAUUUUCACGUUGUAAUUGAUAUGCUCUCUGCUUAUUGAUCUCUCGUACGUGUUUGUGAAGGGUGAUGGGUGAACCACCGUCCAGCUGAUCUGUGAGUUUUUAAAAGCACGAAUUACAUUUACGUUGGCAUUCCGCUGUCA